AUGAAGUUGUCUUCUAGGUUUUUUGGUGGGGGCCCAGUGGAAGAGGAAGAGAACAUCGUGAAAGGUAAUGAUGUAAUUGUGGAGUUGGAUGCAACACUGGAAGAUUUGUAUAUGGGGGGAUCAUUGAAGGUUUGGAGGGAGAAAAACAUUUUAAAACCAGCCCCUGGUAAGAGACGCUGCAAUUGUCGAAAUGAGGUCUACCACAAACAAAUCGGUCCAGGGAUGUUCCAGCAGAUGACAGAGCAGGUCUGUGAGCAGUGCCCAAAUGUGAAAUAUGAAAGGGAGGGGUAUUUUGUCACAGUGGACAUCGAGAAAGGGAUGCAAGAUGGGCAAGAGGUGGUCUUCUAUGAAGAUGGUGAGCCCAUAAUAGAUGGUGAAGCAGGAGAUCUUAGGUUUCGUAUUCACACUGCACCCCAUGAUCACUUCAGAAGGGAAGGCAAUGACCUGCACACAACUGUUACUAUAACUCUGGUGCAAGCUCUUGUUGGCUUUGAGAAGACCAUUAAACACCUUGAUGAUCAUCAAGUGAACAUUGGUUCAAAGGUGAGNAGGAGGUGGUCUUCUAUGAAGAUGUUUCGUAUUCACACUGCACCCCAUGAUCACUUCAGAAGGGAAGGCAAUGACCUGCACACAACUGUUACUAUAACUCUGGUGCAAGCUCUUGUUGGCUUUGAGAAGACCAUUAAACACCUUGAUGAUCAUCAAGUGAACAUUGGUUCAAAGGGAAUUACAAAGCCCAAGGAAGUGAGGAAGUUCAAAGGUGAAGGGAUGCCGCUACAUUUUAGCAACAAGAAGGGUGAUCUAUUUGUCACAUUUGAAGUUCUUUUUCCUUCCUCACUAACAGAGGAACAGAAGACAAAGAUCAAGGCAGUUCUUGGAUAG